CCGCUGCCUCCUUGUCAUGACUCUAAGGAAUCUAUGCAGGUGUACAAACAGCACUGCAAAAUAGCCGAAGAGUACCAUGAGGUCAAGAAAGAAAUUGCUCUGCUGGAAGAAAGAAAAAAGGAGCUGAUUGCCAGGCUGGAACAAGUGGAAAAAGAAAGCAUGGAUGCUGCUCAGCUGGCUAAGGAGUACGCAGAACUGACAGAGGAGAACCGAACACUGAAGUUGGCCCAGACGCAGUGUGUAGAGCAACUGGAAAAGCUCAGAAUACAGUACCAAAAAAGACAGGGCUCCUCAUAACUCUCAACUUGCUUAUGUGAGGCAGUUAAUACAGGAUUGGUCCUGUGCUGGAAAGAGAUUUUAAAAUAAAGGUCUGUUUAAUAUGUUAUAAUACUUUACUACAGAUAACGGAGUAUGUAGAAGUCUAUAUUUGAUUUAAUGCUUGCCAGCCAGUAGCUUAAUAUAAUGGAUAUUUCAUCCAUUAUAUAAUGGAUAUUUUAUUUCAAGUAACAUAAUUGAAGUUAAUCUAUCCCCAUUAUAUGUUCUAGUAGAUCAGGUUUCUUUUCUAAACAUAUUUCUUCCAAUUUAAGAAGAUAUGGACACACUAGAAAAUGAUAUAAAUAGUCUCUGUGUUGGGAAUUUGGACCAUACUAAGGCAUACAGCAGGGACAAUGUUAAUAUAUGGAAUACAUGUAUGUUAAUUUUAGUUUGGUGAAGAUUUUUUUAAUUAUUUUCCUCAUGCCUAAAGUGUUUGGAAGUUAUCUUAAAACAGAUCUCCUCACUAGUAAAAACUAUCCUUCGUUAUCCCAUGUCAACUUUACAUUGUUGUAUAAAAUCUGAGAAAUUGCACAUUAAAAAUUGAAGUAACGGAAUUAUUUUUUAUCAAACAAGUGUACUGCUAGUAAUAAUUGGCAAGUUAUGAAAUUAAAAGGAAACAGAUUGGAUCAAACUUCCUUUCCUCAAAUGUAGAUAACUUGAGAAUCUUUUUAUUGUACUUUAUGGAAUGCAAGCAGUGAAAAAUUAAUAUAUGAAUACUACCACCAUAGAUUCAACUGAGAAUACGUCAGUAAAAGUACUGUUAGGAUAUUUUGUUCUUAUUUGCCGUUCUGUUUUGAAACAUAAGUGGCUGUAAGUAGGGACAAGAGUUCCAUGAUAUACAAAUAACCUAGAAGUAAAAUGUCAGUUUUACUUGCUCUAUUUAUCCCUGUAUUUUCCUAGAUCAACUGAAAAUUCUUUGUUAUAAUUCCAUUUCUACUCAUACAGUAUUUUUUUCAUUAAAAG